CUUAGAAAGCCCAAAUCUUCUUGUCUCUGCCUACCUUUGCUUUGAUUCUGUCCAACAAAUCGAAGACCUCACACACAAAUCUAACUCUCCACUCUCUCACCAACAACGCCUGGUUCAUCUUCAGGUUCCUCAAUUGCUAAAGCCCUUAAAAGGUGUUGUCCUUUAUCUCCUCUGAAUGUUUGACAAGGCUUCCCAAGAACCAAAAUUUGCAGAGAAGAGAGAUUCAACUCUUCUUGGAGUUUCUGCUAAGCUAGCAAUCACUUUCCUCUCUUGAUUUUCUCCAGUUUCACUUCUUCACGAACACAAAACAUGGCUGAAAUGUUGUUGGGUGGAGCAUUUCUUUCUGCUUUUCUCCAGGUGGCCUUUGACAGGAUAGCUUCUUCGAAAGUUAUUGACUAUUUCAUGGAGAAGAAACUCGAUGACGCACUAUUGGAGAAACUGGAGAUUACGCUGAUGUCGAUUCAAGUAGUGCUGGAUGAUGCAGAAGAGAAGCAUAUAACCAAACCCCUCGUAAAGAAGUGGCUCGAUAAGCUCCAAGAUGCUGUUUAUGAUGCCGAGGAUCUGCUCUAUCAGAUUUCCACUGAAGCGCAGAGAUCUAAGAUUGAAGCUGAAUUUUGUGCUGGCACAAGUAAGGUAUGCAAUUCAUGGUCCAUGUCUUGUAAUUCAUUUGAAAAAACAAUUGAACCAAAUGUUAAGAAGAUCAUUGACAGAUUAGAGUUUCUAGUCAAACAAAAGAAGGUACUUGGUUUGAAAGAAGGUGUUGGAUCAAAAGAGUUGCAAAGACUACCGACAACUUCUUUAGUAGAGGAAUCAAGUGUUGUUGGUAGAGAUAACGAUGUAGAGCGUGUCAUUAAGCUUGUGCUAUCUGAUGACCUAGCUGGAAGGGGCGGUCACGUUCCUGUAAUUGCAAUUGUGGGAGUGGGUGGGAUUGGAAAGACCACCCUUGCUCAGCUUGUGUACAAUGCUAGGGAAGUUAAUGAAUGUUUUGACCUCAAAGUGUGGGUUUUUGUUUCAGAACGGUUUGAUGUUAUCCGAAUUACCAAAACCAUUCUUGAGGCAGUUACCUCAAAAUCUUCCGAUACAAAUGACUUUGAUAUGCUUCAAACUAGGUUGAAAGAGAAUCUAAAGGGAAAAAAGUUUAUAGUUGUUUUAGAUGAUGUUUGGAAUGAGGAGCAAAGUGUUUGGGAAGCCUUAAGAAAGCCUAUCAACUCCUGUGCACAUGGAAGUAAGAUCAUUGUAACGACACGCAAUGAAAGUGUCACAUCAGUCAUGCGCCCUGUUUCAACUUGUCAGUUACAGCCAAUUUCGAAUGGAGAUUGUUGGUUGUUGCUUUCUCAAUACGCCUUUGAAAAUGGCCAGUCAGAUGUAUCUCUGAACCUUGAGGUGAUGCGUGAAGAGCUCGUCAAGAAGUGUUGUGGCCUGCCUUUAGCUGCAAAAGCACUUGGGGGUCUCUUGCGUUCCAAACGAAAUCCUGAAGAAUGGAAAGAAAUAUUGAGAAGCGAAAUGUGGUAUUUACAUAAUGAAGCAAGUGGCAUUUUUUCAGUUCUAAGAUUAAGCUAUCAUCAUCUUCCUUCACAUCUAAAGCGAUGUUUUGCCUAUUGUUCAUUAUUCCCCAAAGGUUAUGCAAUCAGAAAAGAAGAAUUAGUGUUACUAUGGCUGGUUGAAGAUCUUUUGCCGGACCAUAGAAGUAAAAAAAAGGCGAUGGAAAUAGGGUAUGAGUACGUGAAAGAUUUGGAAUCAAGGUCAUUUUUCCAAUCAUUACAUCUGUAUUAUGAUUCUUGGUUAGUUAUGCAUGAUCUUUUUAAUGACUUUGCCAAGAUCAUAUCGGGAGAAUUUUGUUCAACAUUAGAUGGUGCGAACCCAGUUAAUGUUGGGAAGAAGACUCGCCAUUUGUCAUAUUUUAUGUCAACUGAUAAGCAAUUAAGAAUCAACAACUUUGAAGCGAUGCGUUUGCAAACAUUCCUGUCAAUUAACCAGGUUUUUUUUGUUGGGAACUUCCCAUCAACUAAGGAAGUAACACAUGAUCUAUUACCUAGAUUGUUGUGUUUAAGAGUCCUCUCGUUGUCAGGGUAUAAUAUCGAGAAGCUGCCUGAUUCAAUCAGAAAUUUAAAACUCCUUCGAUAUCUAGAUCUUUCAUACACUCCCAUUCAAAAAUUACCUGAGACUAUAUCUAGUUUAUAUAACUUGGAGGUCUUGAUGUUGUCAAGUUGUCGCUCUCUAACUGAGUUGCCAAGCACCAUGGGGCGAUUAAUCAACUUGCACUAUCUCGACAUGAGAUAUCCAACGUUAAGGUUUCAGUUGCCAUGGCAGAUGAUGAAGUUGAAAGAUCUACAGGUGUUACCUCCUCCCCUUUGGCAAAUAUCUGAUGGUUCCAGUAUUAAAGAGCUGAGAGACCUCUUGCAUAUACAUGGUGAACUUUAUAUAUCAGGGCUGCAAAAUCUCAUCCAUGCUAGAGAUGCUUUGGAAGCAAAUCUAAGGGGAAAAAUGCACCUUGAAAAGUUGAUCUUUAAAUGGGAUUUUUAUUCCGAGAACUCAAAAGACGUAGAAAUCACGCUUGAGAACCUCCAGCCUCAUGCCAACCUGAAAGAACUAAAAAUAGAAUGUUACGGUGGCACAAGAUUUCCUGACUGGUUGGGAAGUGAUUCGUUGUUCAAUAUGGUGUCUAUUCAUCUUCAGGACUGUAAAUAUUGCUGCCUCUUGCCACCAUUAGGCCAGCUGCCAUCCCUGAAAGACCUCACUAUUGCAGGGUUUGAUGCAGUAGUGACCGUAGGACGUGAGUUUCACUUGAAGUUGUCCUCUACGAUUAAGCCCUUUCAGUCCCUGGAGUCUUUGACUUUUAAAAACAUGUCAGAGUGGCGAGAAUGGAUUCCUAAUGUGGAUCAAGGAGACUUCUCCAGUCUUCGAGUAUUGAGCAUAGAGAGUUGUCCGAAGCUGACUAGUGAAUUACCAAAGUUCCUUCCAGCAUUGACAGAAUUUCGCCUUGUUGAAUGCCCAGAGUUUGUGGAUUCACUUCCAAGAGCUCCAGGGCUGCUAAAGCUGACCAUUAUUGGAUGCAGUGUCCUAGAGUCCCAACAUGAAGUGUUACGAAUCUCGGAAUGCUCAUCUCAGAAUACACCCUGUAUGUUGAGAGAGCUUGAAAUUGAAACAUGUAUGAAAUUAGAGUUACCAGUUCAUUAUUGCUACACGUCUCUGAGAGACUUGUCUCUGAGUAGCAGCUGUGAUUCUCUUGAGUUUUUUCCUUUAAGCUUCUUCACAAAGCUUUGUAGGCUUGAACUAAAAGGUUGUAGAAGUCUUAAAUCCAUUUCAGUCUCAGAAGACACUCAGGGUGAUCUCGGAUCUCUCGAAUCAUUAAAUAUCUGGAAUUGUCCCAAUUUUGAAUACUUCCAUCUUGGAGGAUUACGUGCUCCCCGAAUGGGAUAUUUAUCUCUGAGGGAUUGUGAGAGUUUGAAGGUGCUCCCAGAACAUAUGUGUACCCUAUUUCCUUCUCUGGUUUGUUUGAUAUUAUCUGCAUGUCCUAUGCUUGAGUCAUUUCCUCAAACGGGCUUGCCAAGAAAUUUAGUUUUGCUUGAUAUUUCUCAGUGCAACAAACUCAUUGCAAAUCGUUCGCAGUGGGGUUUAGAAGGUCUCCAUUCACUUAAAACCUUGAGCAUCAGUUUCAAAUGUGUGAAUGUGGAGUCCUUCCCUGAAGAGGGACUACUGCCCAGAUAUCUUUCGUUUCUCUCCAUAUCUGAUCUUCCCAACCUUACAACCUUUGAUGGUAAGAUGUUUCAACUACUUAGCUCUCUUGGAGGUUUGCAAAUAUCAAGGUGCCCAAAGCUCAGGUGCUUUCCAGAGGAGGGUCUGCCCACCUCCUUGUAUUCUCUUAACAUCUGGGAAUGUCCACUGUUGGAAGAACGAUGCCAAAUAGAGAAAGGUGAAGAUUGGAGCAAGAUUGCUCACAUAGACAAAGUUACAUUUUCCGAAGACGAAAUCCUCUCAUACAAAUAUCAAGAUUGCUCACAAUGCCAGCCGUGACAGUGUUCUCGAAGUUGUUGUACUGGUCAUAAGGCUGAUGUACUUCUCUGUGUUCUGAUUACUUUCAUGACGGGGAAUUCGUUAAUGGUCACUUGAGCAUGGAUUUUGUAAGGACGGGGGGUUCAACAAAUGAUUAUGGUGAUAUAGAUGGGGAAAGUUGGAAUGAUCAGGAGACACUGCUGCUACUCGAAGCCGUCAGAAUUUACAGUGAGAAUUGGAAUGAAAUUGCUGAGCAUGUUGGCACCAAGUCAAAAUCGUAAUGCAUUCUUAAUUAAUUUUCUCUGCCUACCUAUGGAGGAGGGAAAGUUGGAAAACAUUGAACUUUCGAGCACGUCUUGAGUUUUCCAGGGCAUGAUAAUUGGUGAAAGUAUAGUCAUCUGUUACUGCCUGAAAUCAUGUCAGAAUAACUUGUUAUAUGGAAGAGUUUUGCCGUAAAUGAGCAGCACAGUAUGCUUUUGUCCCU